AUGCGCUGUCCGCGGUUGUGGUUGAUUUUUACUUGGUUGCUUGGCUCUUGUCUUCAUUCUACCAAUCUUAUAUCGAUGGUCAAAUUUACGAAUGUUAACUGUAUAACGCUGGAUAAACCGUUUGCUGAUUUCGCAUAUUGUAAGCUUAAAGCUUUGUCUCGCGAUAAAGUCGCACUUUCGUUGCGCGUCAAACUCUUUGAAAUUCCAGUAAAUAAUGUCAGCUUAAAUGUAGAAUUUUUCAAGAAAUAUAACGGAUAUCGACCUUUCCUGUUCAACAAAACAUUGAAUUUUUGCGAAUUUCUCCGCAAUAAGAAGCGUAUCGGCCUUUUGGAAAUAAUUUUUAAAUUUUUGGAACCGCAUUCAAAUAUCAAUCACACCUGUCCAUAUAACAAUGAUAUUAUCGUCGAUCGACUUAUUUUAAAACCAAACUAUUUUGCUUUGUUGCCACUGCCAGCGGGGGAAUAUCGCAUAAAGAUAACCGUUGGUGCUUAUAACGAUUGGAAAGCAAUUGUCAAUGUAUUUAUGCAAACUUGGGAAUAA